AUGACAUUAGUAAAAAGUAGUCAUGCAAAAGUUGGCGGCAAACAUCGUAAUGAUGGAACCGAAAAUCUAAAUAUUUAUUACGAAUUGCAUGGCCAUGGACCUAAUAAAUUAUUCUUUAUUAUGGGUUUAAACACCACUUCUGGAGGCUGGGACAACCAGGCAAGACACUUUGGCGGCCAUCCAGAUUACCAGGUUUGCAUUUUUGAUAAUCGCGGUGUGGGAUUAUCAGAUUCGCCAUAUGGAUUGUACAGUACAAAUCAAAUGGCUCAUGAUGCAAUUGAUCUCUUGAAUUAUCUUGGUUGGACUCAAAAUAUUCAUCUGAUUGGUAUUUCCAUGGGCGGUAUGAUUGCUCAAGAGUUAGUUCUGGAAAAACCUCAUUACGUGAA